AUGCCCCAUGCAGUCUCGGUACCCUCACCAGGGCUGCAAGCUCUGAUCCUCUGCGGUCCUGGCUCGUCUUUCCCGACUUUUACUUCUAACCCUGAUGAAAGCCCCAAGGCCCUCCUCCCUAUUGCAAACCGACCCAUGGUCUGGUAUGCUCUCGACUUCUGCUAUCGAACAGGCAUCACGGAUAUCACGCUUGUCUGCCCAGCUUCUGCCAAGGGGCCAAUCGAGCAGGCCUUGAAUACGAACCCCCACCUGACGGCGCUGCCUCUCCCCAGGCCAGAUAUUCUGGCGCCGAGCGAUCUUGAACAGACGACUGGCACAGCGGAAAUUUUGCGCCUUGCUUCUGUUCGGGAGAUCGUCAAGUCCGACUUUGUAGUUCUGCCAUGUGAUCUCGUUUGCGAGCUUGCUGGUGAGAAACUUGUGCAGGCUUGGAUGGUCAAAGCAGCCAGCCUUGCAGAGGUGCUGGGUUCUCCAAGCCUAGCAGGAAGCAGCCGCUUCAGUGGCGGCCUGGGCGUGUGGUAUGAAACCAAAACGGCUCUCGCGGUGAAGAAGGAGGAGACGGACUUCAUCGCUUCCACCCCUCUGCCCUUCCCCGCAACAUGCCAGCAAAAAGGCUCGCUCUUGCCACACUUGUCCAACCUUGUGUACUCGAUGCCGAAGGACUCUCUGAAGGAUCUCACGGAAGAGAAAAGCGGCCUGCCGAUUCGGCACGGACUGCUUCGUCGGCAUCCUCGGAUCCGCAUGCUCACAACUCACCGCGAUGCUCAUCUCUAUAUAUUUCCGAAAUGGAUACUCGACUUUAUCAAAGAGAACGAGCGCUUUGAAAAUAUCGGCGAGGACGUCAUCGGCUGGUGGGCCAAGGCUGGUUGGCAGGCCGGCCUUGGAGAAAAACUUGGCCUGGAGGAGAUAUUGAGAGAGGAGGACACAAAGGAUGCUGCUGAUUCGGUGGAAGAACGGACGCCAUCACCAGAUCACCAGGAAACAGACGAGCCUACGCCUGCUAUGUCUUCGAGGACCAGAAGAGCCUCUAACGCAGGAAGUAUCAAGUCUGGAGAGACUGCGGCUGAUGAGAAGAGCCUUAUUGUGCCUCCCGUUCUUGCUUACAUUCAUCCUUCAACAGAAGCCGCGCCACUCGUGCGCCGGGUCGACACAGCACAGUUGCUUCUCAACGUGUCACUGCAGCUUGCAAAGAUCCCUUCUCUAGAGGAGACGCUUGGGCAAGAGGUAUCGCCCUUUGCACAUGCCAAGAAGGUUGCCUAUCCCGAAGGCGUCAAGUCGAGAACCACCAUUACUCGCCAGGAUAGUCUUGUUGGCGACAAUGUUACGGUCGAGGAAAAAGUCUCCAUCAAAGAGUCGGUCGUGGGCGCCGGCUGUCAAAUCAGCGAAGGCGCAAAGCUCUCACAAUGUCUGCUUAUGGAUGGCGUCGUGGUUGGCAAGAAUUGCAAGCUCACCAAGUGCAUUCUCGGCAAGAGAUGUGUGAUCGGCGAUGGCUCAGUUUUGACCAACUGUGAAGUCCAGGAGAACCUGCUAGUCGAAGCGAGGACCGAGGACAAGGAUAACAAACUCAUGAGCUCCGAGGGGCUGGAGGCGACAGAGGAGGAGAUGCACGAGGUACUCCAGGAUAUGGACGACGAAGUCAUGGCCGUCAACGAGGUAGCCGUCGAGUAG